AUGGGGAGCAUCUGUGAGUUGUCUGAUGAUUUGCUGGUUAAGAUAAUAUCGUUUCUUCCAUUAAAAGUUGCUGUCUCGACUAGUAUCUUGUCGAAACAAUGGGAGUUUCUUUGGAUGUGGUUACCUAAACCUAAGUAUGAGCUCACUGGUCAAGGGUAUGUGGAAUUUAUUGACAAGAAUCUACAAUUGCAUGGAGCUCCGGUCAUUGAAAGCUUGCUCAUCGUAUUUGGAUUACUAAAGCCUGAGAAAAUCAAACUAUGGGUUGAUAUUGCGGUUUCUCGCUUCUUGCGUGAGCUAAGUAUCCGCUAUCUUCUCAAAAACGGCUAUGCUCUCAGAAGUAGAGUAUUAUUAUCGUUGCCUAUUAGUCUGUAUACAUGCGUCUCGCUCAUGACUUUGAAACUUGAUGGCAAGAACAUUGCCGUGGAUGUUCCUCAAACUGUUUGUCUCCCUUCCUUGACGACGUUGGAACUUAAACGUGUGAAAUACUCCAACGAAGAUUCUCUUGGGCUGCUUCUAUCGCAUUGCCCUGUUCUUGAAGUUCUUCUUAUUAAACGAAGCCAUGAGAGUGACAAUGUGAGAGCGUUAGUCGUUGAUGUCCCAUCUUUGAAGUGGUUAUCUUUAAAGAUAGGUGAAGAAUGUUCUUCUGAUGGGAGUGACAAUGUGAUAGUUACCCCUUCUUUGAAGUAUUUCAGAAUUAAGGAUUGCAGAGAUUCUCCCACGUAUUUGCUCAAGCCUAUGACAAAGCUCGAAGAGGCAGAAAUUGAUGUUAAGAAAGAUAUCGAGAAGAUUCUCGAAUUAAUCACAUUUGUCAGACGUCUUAGAUUACGUGUAGCAUCGUUCAACAGUGUGGAAGAGUUUGUGUAUCCAGCUGGUAUUGUCUUCAACCAGCUUGAACAUUUGAAGCUAGAUGUAUGCAACGACUAUUGGUCCAAGUUUCUUAUCUGGUUGCUCGGAAAUUCUCCUAAACUGAGAGUCCUCAUUCUAUACGUCUAUUGGCGUCCAAUACGUGAGAAGUAUGAACUGGGGAAUUGGGAAAGCAAACAGAGCUCUGUUCCUGAAUGUUUUUUGAGGAGUCUAGAAACUUUUGAGUAUUCAGUCCAUUUCUCCGUUAUCCAUCUUCGCCGACGACCGGAAAAAAGCAUAGUUAGUGUUGAAGAUUAUCCUCAGUCGCAUCGACUCUUCUUGUUCCAAAGAAAAUACCUUUCCUCGAACAUGUUCAAGAAGUUUUGUUUGGAGGAGAUUUCAUCACAAAACCAAGUAAAGGCAUCUGUUCAACGUAGGAUCCGCCAGAGUAUUCAAGAUGAGUACCCGGAUCUCGAAACAGUUUUGGAGGAUCUACUUCCCAAAAAGUCUCCUCUCAUCGUAGUGAAGUGCCCAAACCAUCUGACCCUAGUUGUUGUCAACAAUGUCCCGCUCUUCUUCUGUAUCCGUGACGGGCCAUACAUGCCAACACUGCGGCUUCUUCAUCAAUACCCAAACAUAAUGAAGAGGUUUCAGGUUGAUAGAGGUGCCAUAAAGUUUGUUCUCUCUGGUGCAAACAUUAUGUGUCCUGGUCUUACAUCCCCUGGAGGCGUCCUGGAUGAAGAAGUCGACACAGAAAGACCGGUGGCCAUAUAUGCAGAAGGAAAGCAACAUGCCUUAGCGAUAGGCUUCACCAAAAUGUCAGCCAAAGACAUAAAAAGCAUCAACAAAGGAAUCGGAGUGGACAACAUGCAUUACCUCAACGACGGUCUCUGGAAGAUGGAGCGGCUAGAUUGA